GUAUCAGCCCACCAUCGGUAGCACUCACGCGGCUACAAGAGACCACCACCGCAACAACGAGAAGUUGUGAUGAAGUUAUAGCCACACCAACACACCCUGUAACACGUGCGAAUGAGUUAGUAGGUAUAUACGCCUACGACAACACAGACGCGCAGAGCGACGAGCAGGCUAGCAACGCAGCAAGGCGGAGAGUGCAGCGAUUGGUUGCUAUUAAUAGGUCGUGCGACGGCAAGUGGCUCGAGGCACAGCAGCUGAUAGGCUACACUGAGGCGCCUGCAGGAACAAAAGUGUUUCAGAUCGGGUUGGUGUCUGUGUGCGUAGAGGGAUUAACGUGA